AUGGGCCACAUCCAACACCAGCAACAACAUCUGCACAUCCAGCAGCAGCAUCAGCUCCAUCUGCAGCAACAGCUCCAGUUGCAGCUGCAAAUGCAGCAACAGCAACAGCACCAUCAGGARCAGCAGCAGAAGCUCCACAAGCAAAAGCUACAGCUGCAGGCCGCGUAUGGCGCUCUCCCGAUCGACCCCACUUUGAUGUUGUCUGGCAGUCCAGGGUAUGCAGCCACGUUGUCGCCGUCCUCGUCCGAGUCCAACCAUUUCCCGUUCAGCGGAUUCGACUGCAACUACUCCAAGCCAACCUACGGUCUCGGUUAUCCUUACUACGACAGGAUGCUAGACGGCAGGAUGACUGGUGGGUCAUUCGGAAGCGUAGACAUGAGCGCCAACCGGUCUGAYUGUCCGUCGCCGGAGUCUACGACCACUUGCACGACGACUACUGACGACCAUCACCAAUUCCAUCACCAUCACCACCAGCAGCAACAGCACCGAGACCUAGACAGAGAGCACCGCCACCACAUUAAGGCGUGUUCAAUGGACGACAUGGACGUCGUGGACCCCGAGGAGGUGGCAGCCAUAUACAGACAGUCGGACUUCCUGUCGUUCCGUCACCGGUACAUGGAGAGUUUGGGGCCGCCGAGGAACUUCGAGAAAAUGAGGCGGUCCAACAACAACAACAACAACAACAGCAGCAGCCGCAGCAGCAACAACAACGAUGACGACCACAUGUCGGGGCACGGACAGCAGCAGUACGACCAGACGUACGUUAUGAAGCGGCAGAAGAACAACGAGGCGGCCAAACGAUCGCGGGACGCCAAGCGGCAGAAGUAUAUCGAGAACCAGAUCAGCGUCAUGUACCUGACCAAGAAGGUGAGUGAGAUGAAGGACAUYAAGAGAAGGCUGUUAAAGGCCAACAGUAAUAUACUYGCCGAGUAGGCACUACUGUAGUACUGUUUACUUACAAUAUUCUGUUAAUAUAAGCUUUAGAGCACUUUCUGUAUAUGCUUUCGACGACGACGACGACGAAUACGACUUCCGUGUUUUUAAGUAUCAAUUUUCAAACCAUUUAUUUUGUAUUAACUGUUUUCCUUGAUUGUCAACUAUCACUGUUGUAUUGAUAACGCCACUCCGGGGUCACAGUGUCGGGUAAAAAAAUAAAAUCGUGAAUAACCGACUUUUCAAAUUUAUAAAGAUUCRAAUUCAUUGAAUUAAUUGUCAAUACCAAUGAACAUAGAUCAACAUAUUUUAAAAUUUCAAUACGUAACUAGUGAUUCUCAUWUAGUUGUAAGCUUUACUUAUCACAAUACACCAUAAAUAACACGUCAUAUAAUUCAUUACAUUGUAUAUCGUAUAUUUUAGUAUUGACUAUAAUUCAAUGAUGGAUGUAAAAAUUUUAAUAUUUAUUAMUUUUAAAUUGUAACUGAAAUCUUUAUAAAUGUAUAUUGAAUAAUUGGUCGAUCAGAAUUUUUUUACCAACCACUGUCAUAUAGAUCGACGGAGGUGGUAUAUAAAAUGUAUUAUAUACGCCAUUAUAAUGGCUGGCGUGCCCAGAUGAGAAUUUUUUCUACCGCAAAAAAAGUGGUUUACGGCUGAUCUUACUUAUUCGUUUGGAUAUUAACGGAUUUGAUAGAAGGUYSGUCGACUUAAGCUGUUUUGWAUAAAGCUUCACGAACGUUAAAACCUUUGUCACGCCACGGUCGCUAAUGAUAUGACCGUAGAUAUCGAUUUUAGUGCAUUUUUUUAGUUCUUAC